AUGCAUAUAUUUUUCAACUGUCCUUUUGCAAGGAAAGUUUGGGAAGCUGUACCUUUAAGACAAGCGAUCCCCACAUCUGCGGAGGACACAAUAACAUCGAUGAUGGUCAAGUUCAGAAGAGCCCUAUGCCUCCCACCGACUGGAGUUCAGAACCCAAUCCUUCCCUGGAUCCUCUGGUCCAUAUGGACAGCUCGCAACAAACUCCUCUUCGAAGACAGAAACAUGCUACCUGAGGAGAUCACAUCAGGAGGAUUUAGGCUUGCGAGAGAGUGGAACCAAGCACAAGAGCCAAGGAACUCACCAAAGAAGCCAGUAUAUGCUCCAGAGGUGAGCAUCGACGGGAGGACAACGUCUCGAAACCAUAGCGACGACAGCGCGAUCAUCUGCACAACGGACACAUCUUGGGAUGCGACAUCAAAGAGGGCCGGCUUAGCAUGGAUCUUCAGGGAAAACAACGGAACAAUCGCGACUCAAGGAUCAGAAAUCCAACACUCUGUCUCAUCCCCCUUGAUGGCUGAAGCCCUAGCAAUUAGAUCAACUCUCGUCAUGGCAGCAGAACACGAGUUUCCCAAUCUCAGAAUCUACUCCGACUCACUAACGCUCAUUCGAGCAAUCAACACCAAGAUGCAGGAUAAAGAAAUUUAUGGGAUCCUCUGCGACAUCCAUCAAAUCUCUUCUGUAUUUGGCUCAAUCUCCUUCUCGUUCUUGCCUCGAUCAAAAAACAGAGAAGCGGAUGAGCUGGCUAAACGCUGUCUUCGUUCCUUUUCUUUCAUGUCUUGUAAUGGGCCCUAA